AUGAAAAAUUCGUCAGAUGAUAUACUAGAUCGAUUGGAACAAGUAGCAACAAGACAAAAUGGUGAGAUCGAUUUGAAGGAAUUGUAUGGUGACUAUACAAUGAAUGUUAUUGCUAAGUGCGCCUUUGCAACAAAACCUAACAAUAUUUUUGUACAGAAUGCAACUAAGCUAUUUACAUUUCCAUUUUGGCGAAAAUUCCUUGACUAUGCAGUCCCCAUGUGGCUAUUAGAUUCUUUGAAAUUUACAGUAUUACCAUCAGAUGCAAUGGAUUUCUUUCGUUCAAUUACUGUCGAUCUUAUUCAUCAGCGGCUGAAGUCGAGUGAACAUCAUGAUUUUCUUGAACUAUUAAUGAAUGCCAAGAAACUUGGCUCGAAUGAAAUAUCUGAUUCAAUCAAAGAUAUCGAUAAUGCAUUUUUCAGAAAACAAACUGACGAUGAGAGAAAUCUAAAUCACAAUGCUCUGGCUAGCGUACAGUUUCAUACCGGCAACAAAACAUUAGAUGAAGAUGAAAUAUUAGCGCAAAGUGUUCUAUUUUUUUCGGUUGGUUUCGAAACAUCUUCGCAAUUGUUAGCUUAUUGUACUUACUGUUUAUCACUUAACCCUCUCUGUCAGGAACAGUUGCAUUAUGAAAUUGAACAAACACUAAACAGUAAUCAAAAUGAACUUGACUACAACACCGUAUCGAAGAUGACUUAUCUUGAUGCGGUUCUUUCUGAAACGCUUCGUCUUUACAAUCCUGUGUUACGUAUGGAACGACAAGCAUCUGAAGAUUAUAUUCUAGGAAAUACAGGUAUUGUCAUUAGAAAAGGUAUGAUUGUUGGAAUUCCUGUUUGGGCACUGCAUCAUGAUCCACAGUACUAUCCUGAACCAUAUGUAUUCAAACCGGAACGAUUUUCAGCCGAAAAUCGAGAACGAAUUGUACCGUAUACGUACUUACCGUUCGGUGCUGGACCAAGAAAUUGUAUUGGAACACGUUUUGCUUUGUUAGAAACAAAGAUAGCUCUUAUCAAAGCUCUUUCAAAAUAUCGGUUUAUUCCGUCGAAGAACACACAAGUACCACUUCGAUUUUUGCCUGUUGGCCGACCUCUGCUUCGAUGCGAGCAUGUAAUUGUUGGUGUUCAGAAACGAUGUUGA